GGCUUCUCAUCAUAACCAGGCUGAGCUGCCCAGGCGAUCGGGACCCCUCACUAAGGACAUUUGUCAGAGGCCUGGCACUGUGGCCCCAUCCAGGAUGGAUAGCGUCCCAGGAGAUUACAGCAAACGUGUGUACCAGGGCGUGAGAGUGAAGCACACAGUCAAAGAUCUCCUGGCAGAGAAGCGAUCCAGGCAGACGAGCAACUCCAGACUCAAUGGCAGUGCCAGCAACUCCCAGCCUCCGUUCGUCCAGAUGCCAGGAUCACCAGUCAUGUCUGGCUACUACGGUGUCAGGAGGUCUUUCCUGUCUGAUUCGGACUUCCAUAGCGGCAAACAGUUCUCCAAUGACCUCUACACCUCCAGCAGCACCAAGCCCUUUGCCUGUGAACCCUCUGCUGGGCAGAGUCACACAGGCCUGCUGGAGUCCUACCUGGCAGAGCCCUAUGGAGACUACCGCCCACCAGCGCUGACCCCGACACCGGGCUCCCUGUUCGGCACCUCAACUCUGCCGCCGCUCCUGCCACCUCCGUUCCCCAGUGACCCAACUCACUUCGUGUGUAGAGACUCCUGGGAACAGACGGUGCCAGACGGCCUCAGCCAGCCAGACCCUGUGCCUGCGGAUGCCCUGCAGGCCUUUCCACCUAGCACCAGCUGUCUCUCCCAGCUGGAGUCAGGAAGCAGCACCCAGCACAGGAGCCUGGGUUGGGGGCCAUCUCUCCCCGGGGCUCAGUCCUACUCACUGCAUGCACUGGAGGACCUGCACCACACCCCAGCGUACUCCACCCCCCCUCCUUACCCCUUCACUUCUUUCAUGACAGUGUCAAAUGACCUCCCACCCAAGGUGGUGCCCCUCUCCCUAGAGGAGGGCUCAGAUGCCUCUUCCCUUCAUGAUCCUUCACCUUGGACGAAAGAAGAUGGCAGCAUGGCCUGGGGCUCUUAUGAAUGCCGGAGAGCUUACUGAGACAAAGGCCGGAGGACUCCUGCGUUCUUAUGGAAGUUGGACUCUGCGUCCACAGUUUGCUCUAGGUGUGCUAGGCCAUCCAGACCCGGAUUUUCAGUUUAGCCAUAAUUCUGCCAGUGCUAAUUGACAAUGGCAUUCCUCUCUGUUCUUAUUCACCGUAAACACCCCUACAAAACACCACAGUUUCAGUCAAAUGUUUUGUGAAUCACAUCCUAAUGAGAAAACAUUACAGGAAGGCCACUUUAGAACUUUGGUAACCCAUUUUAUUCUGAAUUUUCUGUUACCUUUGAAGUACCAUUUUUUUUUGGCACUGGUUAUUUUUCUUAUAUUACAUUAAAAACUUUAUGCAGAUCAUAAAACA